AUGCGGAUGCAAUUAGCCCUUGAAGAUUUCUCAAUGAAUAUAUUUAGUGUGUAUGCACCACAAGCAGGAGGCACAGAUGAAGAAAAAGAACAGUUUUGGGCGGCACUACAAGUAGACCUGGUAAAGGUUGACGAAAGUGAAAGAUGCAUAAUUGGAGGGGAUAUGAAUGGCCAUCUUGGUGGCGGCAAUGAUGCCAUCAGACGCGUACACGGAGGAAAUGCUUAUGGAAAUGGAGAUGAGGACGGAGAGAAGAGUUCAAAGACAAUUCUAAGAGAGCUGAGCCACGAUAUGGAAGAAGUGAACACCUGGUGGAAUGAUGCAAAUAGUAUUAUAUUAAGAGCUGGAAAGGAAAUACUGGGCGAGAGUAGUGGAAAUAAGGAAAUUUUGUGGUUUAAUGAAGAAGUACAAGAGAAAGUGAGUACUAAGAAGAAAGCCAAGAAAAAUGGGAAGAAAGUAAACUGGAUGAAGCCAGAGCAGCAUAUAAACAAUGUUGCAAGGAAGCUAAGAAAGCAGUUGCCAUCGCAAAAUCAGAAGCAUACGACCAUCUCAAACCAUGGAGAAAUAUCAGGAAAAGCAAAGAGAGCUGCAUAUGAUCUUAUAUCGACUUAUAGAAAGCUUAUGACCGAGUGCCACGCCAAGAAGCCUGGAGAAGGUUACGAGAGCGAGGAAUACAAGAAAAUAUGUAAGAAUGAUCCAGGAAUGCUACAAGGACGUGACAACGAGAGUUAG